CUAUUCUUCUUCGUUUGGAUCAAAAAUCAUAAAAAUCAAACCCACCAUGCGAGGAAAUCAAGUUUCCAGAGAGAGAGAAAACACGAACAUCAUUCAUCACCCUCUACAAAAAAACCCAUGAUCACGACUCCAUUUUCUCUGCAAUUAAUCCUUUAACCUAACCCUACAUUUCGUUUAUUUUUUGUUUUUCCCCUUCCACGAAACCCUCUGUAUCCCUUCGAUUUGUUGAUUUUUUUUUUUUCUAUUUUUCUUUCGGGCGAUCGGAUUGGGAGAGAUGAGUGAGGAGUGUCGGUGCGGUUGAUUAUUCGGUGUUCAGUGUCGCGACGUAAUCGUUGUCGUCUUCUUGUUUUUGUUUUUCUCCCUUUUCUGGGGAGGAUUUUUUUUUUUUUUAAUUUUUUUGUUUUUAUUUAGGGUUUGAGAUUAGAGCUAGCUUUGGAUUUGAGUUCUCCGGAGUUGAAUUGAUGGAGAUGGAGGCUCGCGUCGGGAAUAAGUUCCGGCUUGGUCGAAAGAUUGGCAGCGGCUCCUUUGGAGAGAUCUAUCUUGGUACUAAUAUUCAGACCAAUGAAGAGGUUGCCAUUAAGCUUGUGAGUCUCCGCGCAAAUUUUUCCUGCAAUUUUUGUGGAAUUUAUAUCCAAUUUCAGAGCUAUAUUUGAGUAAUUAAGCAUCUUGUCACGCCUGAGUAAUGCUAAUGUAGUUGAAUCAUAUGCUUAUUGAAGCAUGAAUUGGAUGGAAGUACGUGAACUUGCUUGUGCUUGAUUAUUCAUGUUCUAGGAGGCAGUACUGCUAGGGUAGCUGUAAUUUGAAAGUGUUGAGAGCGGUUUUGAUACCGAAAAUUAGCUACUUGCGUGUCUGGAAAAUGUCAAGACAAAACACCCUCAGUUGCUCUAUGAAUCAAAGCUUUACAGAAUCCUGCAGGGAGGAAGUAAUGGUGUUUGAUUUUCUUUUGUCUAUCUAGUGCAUGGAAUUUCUUCCUGAAGUUCUUUGUUUUUGAGCUUUAUGGCUUUUUAUGAUUGCAACCAUUAACCCCACCUUCCUUCUCUUCUUUCUUGGCAGCUGGAAUUCCAAAUGUGAAAUGGUUUGGAGUUGAGGGUGACUAUAAUGUUCUGGUUAUUGAUUUACUAGGACCCAGUCUUGAAGAUCUAUUUAACUUUUGUAGCAGGAAACUAUCCCUGAAGUCAGUUCUUAUGCUUGCAGAUCAAAUGAUCAAUCGUGUGGAAUUCAUUCAUUCAAAAUCAUUCCUACACCGAGAUAUCAAGCCUGAUAAUUUUCUUAUGGGCCUGGGAAGACGCGCAAAUCAGGUCUAUGUUAUUGACUUUGGCCUGGCUAAGAAAUAUAGAGACACUUCAACUCAUCAACACAUUCCUUACAGGGAAAAUAAGAAUCUAACGGGGACAGCUAGAUAUGCAAGCAUGAACACACAUUUGGGGAUUGAGCAAAGCAGGAGGGAUGAUUUAGAGUCUCUUGGUUAUGUCCUUAUGUACUUCCUUAGAGGAAGUCUUCCUUGGCAGGGACUCAAAGCUGGAAAUAAGAAACAGAAGUAUGAGAAAAUUAGUGAGAAGAAGGUUUCUACUUCAAUUGAGGCCUUGUGUCGAGGUUAUCCAACAGAAUUUGCAUCUUAUUUCCAUUACUGCCGUUCAUUAAGAUUUGAUGAUAAGCCAGAUUAUGCUUAUUUGAAGAGAAUUUUUCGUGACCUCUUCAUUCGUGAAGGCUUCCAGUUCGAUUAUGUUUUUGACUGGACUAUUUUGAAGUAUCAGCAAUCACAGCUGGCUGCUCCUUCAACUCGUGCCCUCGGUCCUGGUGCUGGAACAAGUUCUGCAAUGCCCCCUGCUAUUGCCAAUGCUGACAGACAGACAGCAGCUGGAGAGGAUCCUACUAGGAGGAGGACAUCAGGACCAGCAUUGAGUUCUGGAAUUUUAUCAAAGCAGAAAAGUCCAGUUGCUAAUGAUUCUGCAACAAAUAAGGAUGCUAUGUAUUUUGGGCAGUCUGGUGGGUCCUCUAGACGAGUCUCUGUCCCUGGCAGCCGUGAUGCAUUUGCUGGAAGUGAGUUUGAUCCCCAACGUUCUCGUACAACUGAUGCUAGCCCUGGAGCUGGGCAGAAAGUUUCUAGUCGGCAAAGAGCCUCUCCUGGUGUAAAAAACUAUGAAGCAGCUGUUAAAGGCAUGGAGGGCCUGCACUUAGAAAAUGAUGAAAGAGUUCAUUUUUAGAUGCUGAAUCCUGCAGGGCCACUAUAAGCUAUGAAAUGGUUGAUGUAUUAUUACAUUUAGCAAUCGAACAGAGUCCCCAGGAAUGGAGUUUCAAGGUACUAUGAGCUCACUGUCCUGUGGAUUGGGGCUCAUUCCCCGACCUCAAUGCAUAAAUUUCGGAGAUUGAAAACAUCUGGAGUGUAAUUCAAAAGCAUCAAGGUGUUACCCAAAAAGGGCCAUAUGUGUGCUAUUGUUUUUCUCUUCUAUUCCUCCCUCCCCCCUCCCCUCCCCCUUCGUUUAACUCUUUCAUAUUUGUUGUCUGUUCCAUCUUGUGCGUCUUGGUUGUCUGGGACUCGGAUGUCUACGAAACUCAUGAAGGCCGUGUAAAUUGUUUUACUCUAAUUAUGUGCCUUUCAGCCCCUUUUCUUGCUCUUAACAAUAGUUUUGUAUCAACAAAGGGCACAGAAUGCACAACCGAGAAGUGAGAAAAUUUCUUUUAAUAUUACUGUGAUUCUCUGUUUUGUCGUUGUCUGUAUCUUUUAUAUACAAGUUCAUGGUAAGGCUGCAAAACAGGUGGUUUUUGUCUUUUUGGCCUUUCCCUUCAUAUUAGUUGAUAACACCGAUGUUAAUAAAGCUGUGGUGCUGGGUAAAGUCAAGUCUUCUUGUUUGUUAGCUACAGCUUUUAAGUGUCAUUUGUUAUCUCCAAAGGAGAAAAGUAGUGGUGGAUGAUUGUGGGACAAAGAAGUAAUGUACAGCUAGAACAUUGUACCAAAACAAACUCUAUUCAUUUAU